AUGCUUGGCCAUCGGUCUUCAUCUUGUAACCACCAAGAUCGCCAACUUAUUGAAAUCAAACGAAAAGGUCGACCGAUAACUCAAUGUGAUCAUUGUCGUGAGCUUCGUAAAACUCAUAAAAUUCAUGUUAAAUGUAAUUGCAAGGAAAGAGCAAGUGAAGAGAGCGCAUCUACAUCUCUGAAUGAUACAUCUCCCUUUUCAAAUACAGGUAAUUGCACCACAGGUGCUAAGUGUGUUUGUUACGAUCCAGUUGAUGAUAGUUCUUUGUUAAUUGAAAAUAAUUGCAGUACGGCACAUGAUGAUUCGGCUACGAAUCCUUUGUUGAAAAUACUAUCAAACAAUCAACCUGUUGUUCCAAAAAAACCUGAAAAUUGUAAUCAACCUGUUGGUUCAAAAAACCCUGAAAAUUGUAAUCAACCUAGUGUUCCGCUAGUGUCUGGUUAUCAUAAUUCAUCUGCUUUUACUACAAGUUCUUUCCAAAGUUGUCCUUCUGCCAUGGCAAGCGGUAGUUGUUGUGGCACUUCAACCACUGAAUCUGUAUGCAGAUGUGGUACUGGAUGUAAUUGUGAAGGUUGUGGAAUUCAUUCGCUAACGAUAACUCCGUUGCGACCUGUAAAAAAUUGUUGUUCUAAUGAUUCCCAAGUAAUUGGCCAAUAUGAAAAUGAAGCUGAUGAUGGCGAAAGUUUGAUGAAAAGAGAUGUAACUUCAG